GCAAACACAAUAGAAGAAGACGACGUCAGUCAAACAAACCCACUGUAGUAGGAGAUAUUACCACAAUUCUUCCAAGUUGUCCCGCAUGAUUAACAUUUCCUUUUCAUUCUGCUGCUCUUCAGGUGUCUUUUCAGAUAGUUAACAUUAACGGUGAGUGAUGGCGAUUGAACAAUUUGUGUCAAAGACGCUCGAGCUUCUGCAGGAGGAGAGGGAGGCUGAAAUAGAGGAGACCCGGAUAUGGCAGGAAAACAUCUCUCUCAAGGAUCUUCAAAAUAAAGGAGUUUGCCUGCUGAAAUUGCAGAUAGGAAGUCAGUCCACAGGUCUCUAUGGUCGCACAGUAGUCGUCCUUGAGCCAAGAAAGCAUCUUGGUUUCUUAUCUCUGCCAAGCAACAGCUUUGGACCUGGGGACAUAGUUGGCUUGUACGACACCGGCGGAUGCACCGCAGCCUCACAGAUCGGCACAGGAAUAGUGACGAGGGUCAGCCAAGCUUCUGUAAGCGUGGCCUUUGACGAUUCUAAGGGUGGUCUCAGCUUUGAUACAGAUGCUCUUUACAACCUCUUAAAGUUGGCAAAUGACGUCACUUACAAACGAAUGAAAAAGGCCUUGAAUGAAUUAAAUGGAUACAGAAAUGGACCAGCUGCUAAUCUUAUAAAUGUUCUUUUUGGAGAAUCAAAACCUUCGUCUCAAUCACAGCCAAAUGAAGUGGAGUUCUUUAACUCAAACCUGGAUGAUUCCCAGAGAGAAGCUGUGUCCUUUGCUUUGUCUCAGAGGGAACUGGCUGUGAUUCAUGGACCACCAGGCACUGGGAAAACUACUACAGUGUUGGAGAUAAUCCUGCAAGCAGUCAAACAAGGCCAAAAGGUCCUGUGUUGUGCCCCCUCUAAUGUGGCUGUGGAUAAUUUAGUGGAGAGGUUAGCCUGGUGCAAGGCGAAGGUCCUGAGGCUGGGUCACCCUGCCAGACUGUUGGAGUCCAUACAGAAACAUUCACUUGACGCCAUCCUCGCUCAGAGUGACAACGCAAACAUCAUCGCAGACAUCCGUAAAGACAUUGAUAAAGCAUUUAUGGGAAUGAAGAAGCGUGAAAAAGGAGAGCGAGUGAACUUCAAAAGGGAAAUAGGGGAGCUAAGAAAAGAACUGAAAACCAGGGAAGCAACCGCCAUCACCCAGAUCCUAAAAAGUGCUGAUGUUGUGUUAUCAACCAACACAGGUGCUUGUGAUGGCAGCCCUCUGAAGUUCCUGCCUGAGGCGCAUUUUGAUUGGGUGGUGAUAGACGAGUGCGCUCAGGCCCUGGAGAGCAGCUGCUGGAUCGCCCUGCUCAGAGCGCGCAAGUGCAUUCUGGCAGGAGACUACAAACAGCUACCACCUACUAUCAAAUCACAAACGGCUGCAUCUAAAGGCUUGUCUCUCAGUCUUAUGGAGAGACUAAUCCAGAUGUAUGGGGACUCAGUGGUCCGUAUGCUAACAGUUCAGUACCGAAUGAACAGUGCCAUCAUGGAGUGGGCCUCCAAAGAGAUGUACCAAGGAAGACUAACAGCUCACAGCUCUGUAGAGAGACAUGUGUUAAAAGAUCUUCCAGGAGUCGCCUGUGUCGAAGAGACCAGCGCACCGUUGCUUCUUAUCGAUACUGCGGGCUGUGGUCUGAGUGAGAUGGACGUCACAGAUGAGCAGUCCAAAGGCAAUCAAGGUGAAGUAGACAUUGUUGAAUUGCACAUAAAGGCCUUGACUGAAGCUGGGGUUAAAGCUAAAGACAUAGCUGUUAUUGCUCCGUACAAUCUACAAGUCGAUCUACUGCGCCAGAAACUGUCUGCGAGGCACCCAGAGCUGGAGAUAAAGUCAGUGGAUGGGUUUCAGGGCAGAGAGAAAGAGGCUGUGGUGUUGUCAUUAGUCCGGUCCAACAGAAAAGGGGAAGUUGGAUUUCUGGCAGAGGACCGAAGGAUUAAUGUGGCUGUUACACGAGCGAGACGUCACAUCACUGUAGUGUGCGACACUCAAACUGUCCAGAAUCAUGCUUUCCUGAAGUCCCUGAUCGAUCAUAUAACUGAGUUUGGCGAGGUGAGAACAGCAUUUGAAUACAUCCAAGACAUCGUGCCACAGAACUACACCCGCGACCACAAAGACACCAAGGCUAAUACGUCUGCCAGCAGCUCCACAGCCAACAAACAGAAAGUGAAAGAUCAGCCUCCCAGCAAGGCGAAGCAAGAACAGAGGAAGUCCACUGGUAGCAGCAGUAAUGAAAAUACUGCUAAUACUAAGUAUGCAAAGUCCAGCAUAACAACACUGACAGAAGAAGAGCAGAAGAAGAACAGAUACGCUGAGAUCAGAGAGCAGGUGGAGAGCUUUCUAAAAGACUUAAAUCGGAGUGAACUAGAGUUUCCAUCAUCGUUUAACUCUCAUGACCGCCUGCUGGUCCACCAGGUCGCUGAGGAGCUGGGCCUCGUUCAUGAGAGUAAAGGCGAGGGUAAAGACAGGUGUAUCACUGUCUCCAGGCCCCUGGUGUCAACACCAGCUGAACAGCCAACACAAAAGGAGGAGGAAGAGGAGGAGGGAGAAGAAGAAGAGGAAACUGUUGCAAAUCCCCAAAGACAGACACUGUGUCAACCACCAUUAGACCUGAAAAGUUUACAUUUGGAGCGGAUGAAGAGGGAGCAGCAGAAAAGGGAAGAAAAUGCUCAACAAAAAAAGCAACAGAACAUCCCACCAGCUCUGGCCCAGUCAUCGAAGAAGCCCAAGUCAGUUAAAGGAAAGAACCGAACGAAGGCAGGCGCCUGCGACAUUGCUGCUGCCGCCGCUCCAGAUGAUGACUUUGACACACUUAUCAACGCUGUCAGGAAAGCUGAGAGUGUGUGCAGUUUUGUGAAGUGUAAAGCUUCAGUGCUAACACUUGGACAGCUUUGCCCGUUCUGCAACAGACAGUAUUGUCUCAGUCAUCAUAUACCAGAGGUUCAUGGCUGUGGAGACAAAGCCAAGUCUCAUGCUCGGAUGAGAAUAAGCAAAGAAGGCGUUCUUUAUGCCGGGAGUGGGAAGAAAGACAAAUCCAUGGACCCUAAUAAGAAAGCCUAUCUGCAGAGGAAACUGGACUCUAAACUGAAAGAUAUGGCAUCACAGAGGAAACCAAAAAACAAAGAGGACAAUUAAUGAUACCAGAACAACUCUAUACAUUUCAGUUCUGAACACGAAUAAACAAUUCAGAUGUUUCACAAUGC